AUGAAUUGCCCCUCGCGGAACGAUGACACUCUUGCCCACCCGGGCUGGAAUCAGAGUCCACCGCCCUUCAGUGCGGACACCACCACCCGGAAUGACUUUAAUGGCCUCGCGAAUUCCCGGGUCCAUCGCAGACAUGCUCUCAAUUCAGAUACAGCAGAUGACCCGGCGUCAAUUGAAAAUAGACCGCACAGCCAGCAACAGCGUGAUCCUGGGAAGGAAAAAUCCCCCAGUGGCGAAGUGACCGCUGCCGACGGGGGUAAUUCACCCCCGGAGAGCAGGUCACCUCGCCUUGCCUUUUCUGAAUAUAUUCAUUCCUCAGCGCUGCGCUGUGCCCAGACUUUGGUGAAAUUCGGCCGUUUCAUCGGCCCUGGAUUUCUGAUUGCCGUUGCCUAUAUUGACCCAGGCAAUUAUGCCACUGAUGUUGCAGCCGGUGCGCAGUUCAAAUACGCAUUACUGUUUAUUGUCCUACUUUCCAACCUAUUUGCGAUUCUAUUGCAGUCUCUCUGCAUCAAGCUAGGCUCAGUGACAGGCUUGAAUUUGGCAGAGAAUUGUCGAGAGCAUCUUCCCAAGUGGGUGACUAUCUGUCUCUACAUCCUGGCCGAAGCCGCCAUCGUCGCCACGGAUAUUGCAGAGGUGGUUGGAUCCGCUAUCGCCUUGAAUCUUCUUUUGAAAAUCCCUCUGGUAGCUGGUUGUGCCAUCACACUGGUGGAUGUCCUUUUCAUUCUGAUUUUCUACCGGCCCAAUGGAACCAUGUGGGGAUUGCGCCUUUUCGAGUUCUUUGUGAUGGCUCUGGUGCUGGGAGUCGUUGUGUGCUUCUGCAUCCAGCUUUCGCUCAUCCAAGACCAAUCGGUUGGUGAAGUUUUCCGGGGCUAUGUACCUUCUUCGGCCAUCGUCACAUCGGAAGGGCUUUAUCAAAGUUGUGGAAUCCUCGGAGCCACAGUCAUGCCGCAUUCUCUCUUCCUGGGCAGCGGUGUUGUCCAGUCUCGCCUCAAAGAAUUUGAUGUCACGUCUGGCUACGUGGAGACCACAGUGCCCCUGGGCAAUGCUGAUGGCGAAGUCAAAUAUCGCCCAUCUAUCCAUGCGAUCCGAGGCUGCAUGAAGUACUCGAUCGUUGAGCUCUCCCUGUCACUUUUCACAUUCGCUCUAUUUGUAAAUAGCGCAAUUCUCAUCGUCGCAGGUGCCUCUCUAUACAAGGUCCCUGGAGGCGCUGAUGCGGAUCUGUUCGGCAUCCACAGUCUUCUCUCGUCAUCUAUCUCAUCUGCCGCAGGUUUGGUGUUUGCCCUCGCUCUUCUGCUGUCAGGUAUAUCUGCCGGCAUUGUCUGUACAAUCGCUGGUCAAAUGGUCAGCGAGGGGAUGCUGAACUGGACUAUUAGGCCCUGGAUGCGCAGACUCAUUACCCGCUCGAUCAGCAUCAUCCCCAGCAUCAUCAUUGCUGCUGCGGUCGGAAAAGAGGGUCUUGAUAAGACUCUAACAGCCAGUCAAGUUGUCCUGAGUGUCAUCUUGCCAUUUGUUUCGGCGCCUCUUAUUUGGUUCACAUGCUUCAACCGCUACAUGACAGUCCGAACGGAGGAGCCUGGCGAGCGUGAUGGCGAAGUGGACGUGGUGACGGUACCGAUGAGGAACAGCCUGUUCACUUCUGUACUCGCAGGUGUCGUUUGGCUCGUCAUUGUGGUGAUGAAUGUGGCUCUGCUGGUCCUUGUGGGCAUGGGUAAAGCAUCUUGA